AUUGACCGACAGAUGUCGCUGUCUGAUUUGCUAUGACCGGAAGUCGUGCGUAUGUUCGUCCUGUUAUGCAGGUUGUCAGGGGGAGCAGGUUAACACGAGCUAGUUAGUGAAGGAUUAUGUCAAUGAUGAAAAAAAUAUUAGCUCGAGAAAAUAAGCGUUUUCACGUCUGCAUUUUUGCACUGAAUGAUAUUAAUUUGUGCAAAACAACAGCUACGAUUGUGUGUUAUUUUUCACGGAAACAGCCAAGGACAGCUAAGUAUCAGGCUAGUUACCGGACAGACCUAAGUUACGCAGAUCAGUAUUGAUCUUUAAAACAGCCCCCAAAGUCUCUAGAUGGACGUAGACAUGGAAAACAUUCAGGAAAAUCUACAGCAUGAUGAGGACUCUUGUGUCAGCGGCAUUGCAUCCUCAUCAUCCGACAUGCAGUCGUUACGCUCCACUCGCCUACCGGUCCAGAGGAGCAACAUCUGCUCUCGGGCUUACUUCGUCGUGGUGAUGGUCUUCUUUCACGUCUACAUCCUGAACGUUAUCGCCUUGCUGCUAUACGUGCACUACAAUAACGGCCCAAGGGAUCUUGUUAGUGGUGAUCGCCCGUCCUCGUCAAGUGUGGGCGACGGGGAAAGUCAUCUUCACCCCGCGCCUCGUCCAAGGGAGCGCCGCGAGUACGAGCAAAGUUUCAGACUAUCUCGAAUUGAGGGGAUCAGGGUCGGACACGUUCAGCCGGUGUCCCUUGUGUGGGACAGAACACAUAAGAUGAAGACGCUCAGUCUGAAACCUCUCUUAUUCGAGGUGCCUGGUUUCCUGUCAGAGGAGGAGUGUCGAGUGGUGGUGCAGCUGGCUCAGCUUAAAGGUCUGAUGGAAAGCCAGAUGACAGCACCCAGCUGGGGGCAAGGGGAGCCAGACCACCCACUGCUAUCUCUGACCACUGAGGAGGUCUUUAGUCUGUUGGACCUCAACCAAGAUGGGCUGCUGCAGAAGCAGGAGAUUGUAAGCCACUCACGUUCUCGAGAUGGGACUUGGCUGAGCCCGGACAACCUGCGUCGGAUACUCACUGGACUGGAAGCCUGCUCAACAAGGAUGCUCAACCUUGAGGAGUUUAAGCGUGUUUACGAUGUGUCCCAAGGACCAGGGCAAGAGCAAAAUGGGAAGCACCGGAAUCAGUUCAAACAGAGAAGCAAACGCACCGGGCUUUAUCAAGGCCCAGGAUCCCACCACGUGCUGCAGACACUGAGAAUCAGAGUAAACAGCCUGACACGUCUGCCGACCGCAUUGGUUGACAUGAGUGAGCUACUGCAAGUGUUUCGGUUUGAGCCCGGAGACUUCAGCGAUGCUCAUCACGACAGCAGUCCUCCCCAUAAAGAGACCGCCUGUUCACACACGCGACUGGCGGGUAACACGUCCAUGCUAACAGAAGUCUCCUGCAGGUAUCUUACUGUGUUGAUCUACCUCAGCUCUGUCGAGGAAGGAGGUGAGACCACCUUUCCUGUGGCCGACAACCGUACCUACAAUGAACUGGCACUGGUCCAAGAUGGAGUUGAUUUAAGAGACACUCAGAAAACCUGUGGCCGAGGGAACCUGAGAAUAAAGCCCACUGCUGGGACGGCACUCCUCUUGUACAACCAUCUCUCUGAUGGCCAAGGUUGGAUGGGUGAGCUGGAUGAGUAUUCACUCCAUGGAGACUGCCCGGUGAAACGCGGCCUAAAAUGGGUUGCCAACAGCUGGGUCAACGUGGACCCAGAUUACCAGAUGCAGGCCCGUUACCAGAGACUAGUUGCUGAAAGGCAUCAGGCUAAGUCAGGCAUGGAGGAACAUUCCCAACCAUUUUCCCACUUGAAUCUCCAUCAGGACCUCUAGUGUACUUGUACACCCCUUGACACAUUUACCUCAGUGUUGGAUACAUUUAAAGGCAAAUCACAGUUUGGUCUUGCAUCAUCGCAUCAGUUUUAAAAGAGAAUAUUAUUAGGGAGCUCGGUGGGCUAAUGCCUUCACAUGCAAUAGAUUUUAAAAAAAAAAAAUUAAAAAUUUGUCACACCAAAAAUGUCACCUAUUUGAGAAAGAAAUGAAGGGAGUUUCUUUUCAUUUCUUUUCAGUCACUUUAACUGGCAUCUGCCGUUUCUGAAGAUAUCACUGAAGAAUGUUUAUUGGACAUCAAAACCCAAUUCCAAUCAAGUAGGGCCAUUGUGUUAAACAUGAAUAAAAACAAUACAAUGAUUUGCAAAUCAUGUUUAACCUAUAUUUAAUUUAAGACAAUACAGUAUAUUUAAUGUUCAAACUGAUAAACUUCAUUAUUUUUUGCACAUAAUCAUUAACUGAGAAUUUAAUGGCUGCAAGAUGUUCCAAAGAAGCCAGGACAGGGUCAUGUUUACCACUGUCUUAGAUUACCUUUUCUUUUCACAACAUUCAAUAUAUGUUUAGGAACUGAGGUCACUAAUUCUUGAAGCUUUGUAGGUGGAAUUCUUUCCCAUUCUUGCUUGGUGUACAGCUUCAGCGGUUCAACAGUCCAGGGUCUCAUGAUGUGCCACACAUUUUCAAUGGGAAACAGGUCUGGACUGCAGGCAGGCCAGUCUAGUACCCGCACUCUUUUACGACAAAGCCCCGCUGGUUUAACAUGUCCAGAAUGUGGUUUGGCAUUGUCUUGCUGAAAUAAUGUUAGCAGGGGCAUCCCUGAAAAAUAAAUUUGGAGGGCAGCAUAUGUUGUCUCCAAAACCUUUAUUUACCUUUCAGCAUUAAUAGUGCCUUAACAGAUGUGUUUAAGUUAUCCAUGCCAUUGGCAUCAACACAGCCCCAUGCCAUCACAGGUGCUGGCUUUUGGACUUUGCGUCCAUAACAGUCCGGAUGGAUCGGCGUCCACAAUUUCCCAAAACAAUUUGAAAUGUGGACUCAUCAAACCACAGAACAGUUUCCCACUUUGCAUCAAUCCAUCUUAGGUGAGCUCGGGCCCAGAGAAGCUGGCGGCGUUUCUGGGUGUUCUUGAUCAUUGGCUUUUGCUUUGUAUGUAGAGUUUUACGUUGCGCUUACGGAUGUAGGUAAUAAGGUAUCCACCUGUUCCCAGUUCGGCUGUUCCCCUGUGAAAUAUUCCAAUCUGAUGUUUGAUGAGCAUUGCUCAACUUUCUUUUUUGCCACCUGUGCCAGGUUUUUUUGGAACGCAUUGCAACCAUAAAAUUCUAAGUUCAUGAUUUUUUGCUAAAAACAAUAUAGAGUGUAUCAAUUUGAACAUUAAAUGUCUUGUCUGUGUGGUAUUUUCAUUUAAACAUAGGUUGAACAUGAUUUGCAAAUCAUGCUCUUCUGUUUUUAUUUUUGUUCAACACUUCAUUGAAAAUUGGGUUUGUAUUUGUGAAGUUUAAUAAUUUUAAGAUCUCAAAGGGUAUGCCACACCAACUGCCCAUUGAGGGCUCGUCUGUAUUAAAAAGAUAAAAAUAGCUGUUCAUCUUGUCACCAGUUAUGUCUAUCAAUAAUAAUUUAAUCUAUAUUUAUAACACGUUUAAUUUAUUGUUUUGUAAUAUUUAUUUGGCCAGUUGUUGGAAUGCAUAUUUAUUGAUGUUGCACUGCCUCUGUCCCUCAACUGUGUUGUAUGAAAUGAAGUGUGAAAAUGGUGAAUCAA